AUGGGUCAAAUUUCAUUGAAGUCUGCGUUCAUCGUCCUUUUAGCUUUUACUGUGAUGAUAUCCGUAACAGUUCAGAGUGUUGAGGCGAAACGUAUGUUACAUGAAGAAACUUCUCUGCCCUUGUUGCAUCUUGAAGCUUCACCACCGGUUGAGCCUCUAGGGUUUGGUUUUUGUAAGCCACCAUGCAAAGAAUUAUGUUUUGGUGUCAGUUGUUACUGCGUAUGUCCAAAUAUAUAAACUAUGAUCGCAAAUGAUUGA